UCAAUGUGUUUCCGGCUGGUUAUCCGCGACGGAAGUACAGAGAGUGGACUGUUCUUUCUUUUUAAGCAGGCAUUUUGAACAAAGAUAUCGGGUUUCGAGUUGAAUGCUUACUAUAUUUAUCGGCAAAGAGUAUUGAUAUUGAGAUGUCGGAGGACUUGGUUAAACAGUUGAGCAACUACAAAGCCCAGCUGCAGCAAGUUGAAGUCGCUCUAUCUACUGAUCCAGACAAUGAAGACCUUCUUAAACUCCAAAAAGACUUACAGGAAGUCAUUGAUUUGACAAAAGACCUCCUGACCUCACAGCCGGCAGAGACUGUUCCCAAAACAAGUGGCUCAGACACAGUUCCUGUGAAGCAUGGCUGGAAAGUGGGAGACAGGUGUCUGGCUAUGUGGAGUCAGGACGGACAGAUUUAUGAAGCUGAGAUUGAGGAGAUAGACCGAGACAACGGCACUGCAGCCGUUACCUUCACUGGAUAUGGAAAUGCUGAAGUGAUUCCUCUACAGAACCUCAAGGCAGUAGAGGAAGGAAAGCUUUUGGAGGAGGAUGGGAGUGUAAAGCCAAAGUCAAGGAAAGAGCAGAUAGCAGAGCAGAGGGAGUAUAAAAAGAAGAAAGCUCAGAAGAAGGUACAGAGGAUGAAGGAGCUGGAGCAAGAACGAGAGGAGCAAAAGUCAAAGUGGCAGCAGUUCAACAACAAAGCCUACUCAAAGAACAAGAAAGGCCAGGUGAAGAGGAGCAUAUUUGCAUCUCCAGAAAGCGUCAACGGAAAGGUGGGAGUGGGAACGUGUGGUAUUGCAGACAAGCCUAUGACCCAGUACCAUGAUACGUCCAAAUACAAUGUCAGACAUCUAAUGCCACAAUGACCUGAUAUGACCUGUACAUAAUAGUCCACUGUAUACUAGCUGUAUCAGUGCUUUCCAUUGUGUUUAUACAUGAUUUAAGUUUCUCGAGUAAAGUAAGCUUUGAAAGUAAGCGCUUGCACACCAAUGUUUUGAAAUAUUGUUGUAGUUUCAUAUAUAUAUAUAAUUAUUAUUAUUAUUAUUAUUAUUAUUAUUAUUAUUAUUAUUAGGCACAACAAAUAAAAUCCAUAUGAGGGACUUGCCCUCCAUUGGAGCAAGGUCAUCUAUUAUGUAAGAAAAGGAAAUGGUGUUUUAGAAAAGCCAUAGAGUUUGCUGUUUGUCCACUGAGGCCAAAUACCAUCUGUUUUAUUUAUAAACAUGCGCCUGUAGAUGUGGUGUUUGCAUUUGAGGCUGGAUUUUAAACAUUAACGUGUUCUAGGAAAGUGAAUUAAUAAUGGUGUUGAUUUUGAGUUGGCUGAAUUUAAGUUUUCCCUCAUGUACAUAUAACAGUGAAAUAAACAUUGUUUUCAGUUUUUAAA